UCUUCCAAUAGAGGGCAGUGUAUCAGCGCGAUAUGUCUACUCUAGGAGUAGGAAGUUCAUAGUUAUCCUCGAGUGAGACAGUGCAGGUAAUAGCAAUGGAUAAAUAUUUGAAAAGAAAAAGUACUCAAUCUGACCUGGGUCCUGAAGAAAAUUCUGACCCAGAUGAAGGCCCUAGCAUGAGCACUGGUCAGAAGAAAGCAAAAAAGGUGAGCUUAAGACAAUACAAUGAAGGCUAUCUUGCUUUUGGAUUUACUUUUACCGGAGAAAAAAGUGCGGCAACUCCGCUAUGCCUGGUGUAUUCAAGACAUGUCUGCAGACAUUGAGAAGACAGUUUUGGAAAAGUUGCACAUUAGUGGGAAAUUCGCUUUGCAAAUUGAUGAAUCUACGGAUAUCAGUGGACACGCGCAGCUUCUGGCAAAUGUGCGCUUUGUAGACGGAGACACCAUCAGAGAAAACUUUCUGUUUUGCAAGGAAUUGCCAGGAAGAACAACAGGAGAAGAAAUUUUUCGAGUUGUAUCAGAGUACAUUGAACAAGGAGGACUAAAGUGGCAAGACUGCGUAAGUGUUUGCACCGAUGGAGCAGCUGCCAUGCUCGGGCGCACCAAAGGAUUUGUAAACAGAGUGAAAGAGCAAAAUCCAAAAGUCAUCGCGACGCAUUGUUUUCUGCACCGGGAAGCACUUGUUGCCAAAACAUUACCAGCAGACCUAGCUCCUGUAAUGGAAGAUGUUGUGCGCAUGAUAAACUUUGUGAAGACGAGACCAGUAAAAAGCCGCAUGUUUACAUCAUUGUGUGAGGAAAUGGGGCAGGAGCAUAAAGUGUUAUUGCUCCACACGGAGGUCCGGUGGCUUUCCCGUGGCAAAGUUUUAAGUCGUGUUUAUGAGCUGAGGGAGGAACUCAAAGUGCUUUUGACAAAUGAGAAGCAUGAUGACGCUAACUUGCUCUCAAAUGAUGAGUGGUGUGCAAGACUGGCAUAUCUGGCAGAUACAUUUAAACAUCUGAAUGACUUGAACACGCGAAUGCAAGGUCGAAACGAAAACCUGCUCACAAGUACAGAUAAAAUACAGGGGUUUCGUUCAAAGGUGCUGCUCUGGGAACAACACGUGGAAAGUGCCAACCUAGAAAUGUUCCCAAACACCCAGAAAUGGCAGAGUGUCAACAGAGCUGCACUGUGUGAGACAAUAGGUAAACAUCUGCAAAGUUUGGAGCAGAAGUUGUCAUGUUAUUUCCCUUCACUUUCCACUGAUUGCCUUGACUGGGUGAGGAACCCAUAUAGCUCAACUGCAGUUGGAAGGGACAUAACUUUUCAGGAGCAGGAAGAAAUAACUGAACUGAGACAAGAUCGUGGUCUUAAGCUGCGCUUUUCGGAUGUACCUUUGGACAGUUUUUGGCUGACUGCUGCCAAGGAGUUCCCUAUUCUGGGAAACAAAGCAAUUUCAGCUCUUCUCCCUUUCUCCACAACCUAUCUAUGUGAGCUGGGCUUUUCAAGCAUGACUACUUUAAAGACUAAGAAAAGAGCGAGACUCAGAGCUGUUGAGGAAGAUCUUCGUGUUUGUCUUUCUUCAAUUCCUGCAAGAAUAUCAGCGUUGUGUUCAACCAAACAGGGCCAAAUUUCACACUGAGUAAGUGAAUUGACAAUAAAUGUUCAUUAUAUUUCAUUAUAUAUACGUUUUGUGACAUUUUUGUUUGGUGGUGUGCCGUGUGAUUUUUGUAACAUAAAAUAUGUGCCAUUGCUCAAAAAAGGUUGGGAAACACUGAUCUAAAAU